UCCCAUUUGAUAGUUUCUACCCAAACUUAGGAGUCGGUAAUUUUCCUUGCAUUGCUCACUUAUGUUCUACUUCAAAGUUCGUAAACGCGUCAAAAUGACAAGUGUGUGUCAGGUUACGUCCAAUUUGGCACAAAUUUGUCUUUGCCCAUUUCGCACAAAUAAAUCAAUCAAGGAAACUAUUUUUUACAGUUUCUUUUAAAAUGAAAUAUAAUUGAACUGUUGUGUUUUUUUUUUAAUCUUAUUUACACAGUUAUCAAUGCAUCCAUCGACGUCAGUAGUAGGUCGUCUGCUCUUCUGUGUCGUCUGCUAUGUUGACUGUGGAGAACGGCAGCAUGCUCAGUCAAUCCUUUCAGAAGUCUGCUAACGCGGGAAGUUCAGGCAGUGGUGGAUUUUCUUGCGCUGCUGAAACUGGCAGUGUAGUUGUCUCAUCUGUUAGUGCAGCUAUGGAUAGCCAGACACGAAACCCUCUGUUGUGUUUUGUUUGUGACAACUAUUAUAAUGAUCCAUGCCUCCUCAUUUGCUAUCACACCUUUUGUGCCAAAUGUUUGCAUGGAAGGGAAGCAGACCGUAAAAUAGCAUGUCCGUUAUGCGGGGUUCAAACAGUAUUGAAGGAUGGGCAAGCCCAUCCUGCCCAAGAUAUGUUAAUGCGCCACAUGAUUGAACUUGCUAAUGCUGAGAACCCACCAUGUGCCAACUGUGAUAAAAGGGAUAAGAACAAUAUGUACUUCUGUGUCACAUGUGGACAAGCUUUGUGUACCAGUUGCCGAGAAAACACUCACCGAGCAAAAAUGUUUUCAGCUCAUGAAGUUGUCCACAUGUCAAAAUGCAGCAAAGAUUCCUAUCGCAAACAAUGUACCCAACAUGGAGAACAGCAUGUAAUGUUUUCAAACAGUCAACGCUCAAUGCUCUGUGAGAGUUGUUUCCAAGAUGUUCCUACAGAAUCUAAAGUGCAUUGUGUGGAUAUUGAUACAGCUUAUAAUCAGUCAUGUAAAAAGCUUGAGAGGGCAAUAAGUACCGUGCAAACCAUGCAGUCAUCAGUAAGAGAUGGUCUUUUGAUGUUCAAAAACCUCUUGGAUGAACUUCGCCGUAACAUGGAAACUGAAAAAGUAACUAUUAAUUCUUUCUGUGAAGGCAUGCGGCAAGCGAUAGCAAAGACCCAAGCAUCUAUGAUGAUGGAGAUUCAAAGACAAUUUGAGAUCAAAGAAAGAUCAUUUCAUGGACAGCUUACAAACUUAGGUUCAAUGUUGCCUUUACUACAGCUUCAUCUUUUACUCGCACAAACCUUCUCUAUUUCUGCUAACAAAUACCAGUUUCUUGACCUGGCAUAUCCUAUGAUGGACAGGCUCAAUGCAGUUUCACAACUUUCUUUGCCCUUGAGCCGACCUGUUCAAUCAAGCCAAAUACGUACCAAUUUCCGUUCAGAAUUUUCUCAUUCCCUUGAGCCCUGGAUAGGAGUUCAGUCUCUUGAAGGUCGCCCAAAGUCAGGGAUGAGUAUUUAUGAGUCGCAUAAACAGCUCCAGCUGCAACAACAACAGCAGCAGCAACAGCAACUCCAGCAGCUCCAGCAGCAUCAGCAGCAACAGCAGCAACAGCAGCAACAACAGCAGCAACAACAGCAGCAACAACAACAGCAUCAACAGAAACAACAGCAGCAAUCACGUGUGCAAUAUCUUACACUGCACCAACAGCAACUUCAACCUAUCCAAUCAGUCCCUCAACAACAGCAGCAGUCUUUUCCAAUGCAGCAACCAACCCCAUCUCAUCAUCAGCAAAGUUCUAUUUUGUUUAAAGGGACAGAAGAAACAGGUCCAUUCACCAACCACUGCCGUAAUUUUGAUUCGCAACUGAAGGAUUUGAGUGCUCAACUUGGAGGAGUGAAAAAGAAAUUAGGAGAACUCACAACAGAUGUUACACUGCUGAGACGGGCCCAUACUCCACCACUGACCCUGCGCUUUGAGACAGUUACUAGAGACUGUAAUGCUCUAAAGCAAGCUCUGGAAUGCCGCCAGCUUGAACUUGAGAGACUUCAAGGUGUAUUUCACACUCUCUGGGAGCAGCAACUAUGCCGUGUUCAAACUGAGAGAGAAAUAUUUGAGGCUCAGAUAAGUGAUGUUAUGACUCUAGUCUCUGAGGUGAAGAAUAUUGCAAAUGCUGCUCGCCAGCUUGAACCAUACGUUGUGGCCUUAUCCGCUGCAGAUAUUGCUAUUUCACAAAUGCAUCAGCAAGCUCAAAGUGCUGCUACUCCACAGCCAGUUCUACCAAAGCCAUCUGUGGAAGAUGCUUCUCAUCUGCAGUCAGUACUUGAACACAUCAAUUAUCUUCAACAAACUGAGAGGAUACGCAAAGAUCCAGAAGUGGGAAAGGGGGAGUGUCGCGUUCACCCGGGAGCAUCUCCAGGACAUGUCUCUUCUACCGCCGCUCAAGAUAAAUUGCUUUACAUAAAAUUGGAGGGCAAAGGGAAAAGCUCAAGAGUGAAAUCGCCCAGAGACCGAAGUGAGCAGAGGGAAGCACAAGAACAGCAGCAGCUCAUCGCUCAGGCUAUGCUGGAGUCUGGUUAUGGUACUACUGGAGGUCGGGAGUCUAAACGAGGAUCUGUGCUUAGUCAUAUUAUGGGAAAAGUGCGAACUAAAGAAGAACGCAAGAAAUCUCCUGAGGAACCUUGUCGAGCUAAAACUCCCACUCGAGAAAGAGUUAAAUCCGAAGGCCGAGGCGAUUCCUCUCACAGUAAACCUGAGCGGCAGCUUGACGGGAAGCCCAAAACUAAAGGCAAAGUAGCAUCGCUGUACCACUCUUUGAGUGGCAAGGUGAUGGGGUCCUCUCACAGCAUACAAACCGUGAUUGCUGCAGAAGAUGAACAGCAGAUGCAACAGCAACAGCCACGUAGACACCUUCCACCACCUCCACCACCACAGCGCAGGCCAACAACUCAUAUCACCAGCAUUCACCGGGAAGACUCAUCCCCUGUAGAUAUUCCUCCAGACGGAACGGUUAAACGUCGGGGAAGGCUGUCACGUCCUGCUUCAGCUGGGGAAAAGGAGGAGCCUGAAUAUCCUAUCACCAGGAAAGCAAAGAGUGUAGGAUCUCCAACUGAUUUUGGUGGUCACUUGGUGCGUGCUGUCAUCCAUAAAGAUUCAACAGGAAACCAACCAGUCUCUCCCCGAAGACACAGAAGCACUGAUUCAGCUCUGAGACAAGUUCGAAUGUAUCCAGCAUCUGACACGGAAGACUCUGUUUUCAAGCAGAGCUCUUGUGAGAGUUUGGCUUUAUCAGACAUUGGCCUCUCAGGAGAUAAUCGUAAAACACUAAUUGUUGUUGUUGGAUCAAAGUCAAAACGCUUAAUGCACAAACAACGCUCUUGGGAAACCUUUCCACCCAAACGUCGAGAUGGACACAGAAGCCGAUUUUGUCAAGAUCCUGCAGCUUUCAGGUCAGGGUUUGAGAAUGGCAGUCCAGUCGGUUCUACCAUGAGUCAUAUUGGACCCACUCUUAAAAAAGCAGAUAGCUUUGAAGGACAUGAGGAAGCUGUACGCACAUUAGUUGCUGCAGUGCAACAGCACCAACACCAUCAGCAACAUCAACAAAAUCAACAGAACCAGGCAAUGCAGCAGCAGCAUCACCAGAGGAAGCAUUCAGGACCAAAAGCCCAGCCUCCCAGUGGUUAAUUAAAAAUAAGUCGAAACAAAGUUAAGACUCAUGGCAGAAAAGAAGGAAAAAAUACAAAAGUGACACACUGUGUCAAAGAAAAUAAACUGAAACUGUCUGGACCAAGAUUCCGAUAAGCAAAAUUUCCUUAUAAACAAAUGGUCAAAAUUUGGUCCUUUCCACACCUCUAAAGAAAACAACUUUCUUUUGUUUGUUUUAAGCUUAAUUUCUCCAACAAUAAUUUAAAAAACUAUCAUCAUAUUUUUUAAAGUUUGAAAGUUGUUCCCCAACAUUGAUGUUAAAAAAAUUUCCUCCUCCAGUCUGUUUUCAAAUGUUUUCCGAAUUAAGAUCCUACUGUCUUCAUGAUGAGAAAUAGUUGGGCAUGUGUUGCUCUGCACUGUUUUUUCCUCAUCAAUUUCCUAUCUCCGUCUACUGUUUAAGAUUGAUCAUUUUAUAAUGUAUUGGACGUAUAGCAAAACUGAAUGUUAGAAUAGGACUGCGAAUUUUACUGUAACAUCAUAAGCUUUGUUUCUUAACCACAUAUAAUUCUUCUGGGCCUUUGCCCACUCACACCUUAUCAGUAAGUCUGAUAGUUCAUCUAUAUUGUACAAUUUCACCAAGAAACUAAACAGACACCAAAAUUAGGGACAGAACUUACCUCAAUUAUACUUGCAAGUAUACAAUUGCAGACCUUCUGUUUCUAUUAAUGUUCUGUAUAGGUUUGAGUGAUGAGUUGUGAUUAACUGCCACAUUGUAUUCAUAUUUGUAGGUAGGUUGAGAAUCAUAUUCCAUUAAUAAUCACUUACUGUUUGAUAGCAUUUGGUUAUUUAAAUGUGCACAUAAGCACUUGACUGUUUCAUGGAUGGAAAGGAAACACUUUGUAAAGAGUUUGCACUCAAAGUGAUACAAAUAUUUCACUUCGUUUUAUGGUUUUGUGUUUUAAAUGGCUUACAUCUUGUCAUCCUGAUAUUGAACUGAAUUUCUUGAUGAGGUAUCUUACUCUCUUACGUAGUAUUUAAGGCAGCUCUUUGAUCAACUCAAAAUACUAGGAUCUGUUUUCUUACUUUCUGACGGAAGAGUAUAUUAUUGCUUCCCUCUCAACCCCAAGAAUUGACUUAAAAAUUGUGCUCAAUAUCAUCAACUACUGCCAUAAUCAGUAAACAUUAAAAGUGCCAAAAAUUCAACAACAAUCUUUUUCAGUAGAGUAGCAUAUUCAUGUCAUGCUCAAAACAGACCUCUCAAUUUUUUCAAGACACACUGCCUUAGAGUAAGUGUGGUAAGUGAAUUUCUAUGUAUUCGUUCAUAAGUAAAUUAUUUCAAAAUUUAAUUGGUAAAAGUAAAAUUUUGGUUUGAAUGCCUUGUAUAUAGGGUCCCUUACUAAAGACAAAACAGUGAGUUUGCCUAUUGCAGUGUCUUUGAUUUUCAAUGUGAAACAAGUAUGUAUGUAGGAAUGUAAUAUCAAUUGAUUCUCACUGCCAUGUUUUGUGGAACACUUUCUCUCAUUCAUAUUUUUUGUUUGCUCUUUGCUGCUUUUAAGAUGUAUUACUGGAGUCAAUCAGGUCCCUUUAGCUGGUCUGAAAAGUAGACUUGAUUCAUAUAACUCCCAUUAAGAUUUCAAAAAGAAGUGUAAAUCAAACUAAAUGUAACAAUAUUGUAUAAAUCACUGUAAUUGACUAACAUUGUAUCAAAUUAUGGAACAAAACCAUAUUUAUGUAGGCAUUUAUGUGUACGUGUGUAUGUAAUGUGCAUUGAAAAAGGAAUGCUUGUUAGCAUGCACAAUGGAGUUUUGUAGACAUUUUUGUUUCCAGGUGUGUACAUACAGUAUUGGUUAACCUUCAUGUAAUAAUCUUCAUUGUGUUCCUUUUGGAAAUGUGUCCAUAAAUUAGUUUUGAAUGUUGCCUUUAUCUCCUACUCAUUGUUACGUUCCCACUUGGAGGCUCUUUGUCUACUGACAUUCUCAUUUUACAAAGUCUUGAAGGCUGCAGUACCACAGGGUGAAUCACUCUUGGCCUUAAUGGCUUCUGGUGAUCUUUCCUGACCAAGAUUUUUGCAGUCAUUUGUGAGUGUCUGAUUAGCUGUUGGCAUCAUAUAUUGAUGCAGUGUAUUUUCUGCAGACGGUAUUAGGGGAUUAUAAAUAUUGGAACUAAUCCUAAAAUUAUUUAAUCAAACUAAUAAACAAUGCCACCUAUUGUUUCAAUGGUUUCCAACCAUAAAUUAAUCUUAGCGUCUCUUGUCUUUGUGUCUACCAUGUAACUUUCCUCAUGUUUCACCUGAAUAUUCAGUAGUUCUUUGCAAAGUAGGGGCCUACAGAACCAUACUACUUUUGUUGGAUUAAUUAAUCGAAGAAUCCCAGGCACUCUAUUUAGAACAAAAGCUCAAAAAAUAUUUGCUGUGUCCUGUUCUUAUCUGAACUUUUAAAAAUAAACACUGUAAACCAAUCCACUCUCAAUCAGUUUACUGUCAUUAGAAUAUAAUAUUUCCUAAUUGCUAUCUGGAUGCAUCUCUCCAGCAGGGAUUAAAUAUAAAUGUAAUAAAAGAGCGGUGUUCCUUCGAUUGUAAACAUUAGUGUGUGUUAACACUAUUUUGUAGAGAUGUGCAGACUAUUAUAUUGACACUUUAAUGCAUGUAUGGUGUGCUAUAUACUUUAGGGAUAUUUUUCAUUUUUAACUGCGGAAUGAAUUAUGUAUUGGAAUAGCUUUGUUUUACUUUCAAAACUUUUGGAAUUUCAUUGCACUUGUUACAGUUGAAUUUGCUAACUUAUUUGCCUCAAUUGCCUAAAAUGUGCUUCAAAUCCUGUGGUCAGUAAAGAAAAAAAUGAAAAAUUCACAUGUCAUUAAAUUUCAAAACAGUUAUCACAUCUCAGUUGCUAUCUUAUUCUCAACAAAAAGCCCAUGAUCAGGUAAACUACCAAAUCCAUGUGUCAUGUGACUGCAAUAAUACUGUAUGUUUCUUGCUGUAUAAUGUCAUGAAUAAAGUUGUUCUUGGUUUA